AUGGCAAUAAAAGGUCCCGUGUGCGGCAUCGACAACUGCCGGUCAAGACGUUACGAGGAAGGCGAGGAUGCACAUCUUUACUGCGAGAACGGACAUCAGCAAGCCGGUGUAGUGCACGGGGAAGACGACGACGACUAUAGAACAGCCUCCCGGACAGUCACACGCAAAAAGAGAGAUGUGGAAGAAGAUGGCAGGACAACCAAUAAGAUCGCCAAGGGCACACAGGCUUUUGAUCUUUACUUGAAGUGUCUGCAGCUCAUAUUGCGCCACCAAAUAUGGUUCCUGGUGCAAAACAAAGGACUACCUGCCGAACUCGAAACGGUGGUUUACGACCUUUGGGCAUUACGUAUCGCUCAGCUCGAAAGCAGAAUCGCCUCCAACGAAGAUCCAAAUGCAGACUCACAACCCCAACCACAAACCUUCAGCACUCUAGAGAGCGAAGAUGAUCUUACAGAUACCGAGAAAGGCCAUGUUCAUGGCAAAAAGAGAAAACGAGGAAAGAUGCUAUCUACUGCUCCAAAUCUCAACGACUGCCUCUUAUUGUGCUAUCUUGGUAUCAAAACAUUGAGGUUACCCGUCACGCCGGGUGAUAUUCAUGCAUGGGUCACGGAUAACAAGUUGCCUUAUUGGAGGGCCAUCAAGUUGGUACCGCUUUCUAUGAGAGACCGGCUACUACCUGUGUAUCGCGCGGUUCUCGACCCAAGUGCACCAUUCACCUACACACGGUUCUACAGACUGCUGACAGAUCUGCAAAUAAGUUACGGUGCAGAUCACGGUAUCAUAUGGCCGCCUCUGAACGUUCCUUUGCUCUUGUUUCGCUACCUCAAAGAGCUCGCUUUACCAUUGGAACUUUACGGUGCAACAAGGUGUCUGGCAGAAUUACUAAGUUAUGAUUUCGCUCCACACUACGAGAACAAGAAACGAAUGGGCAUACGAUACAUUGCCGAGGCACAGCUAGCUAGCUGCCUUAUUGUAUGCACCAAGCUGUUAUGUCCAUUCAGUUCAGACCAGCUUUGCUGGAGGUUUUCGGCGGGAAAGACUGUGGCAGUGAUGAACUGGGAUGUGUGGUGUAAAGAGAUGAGCGGUGUUAACGACAAAGAUACAGAUACUGGGCGCUUCACUACCGAAGAGAUGGCGAAGCUACAAAACGAAGACGUAUUCUCCAUGGGAUCUGAAGAUAUGGAUCGGUAUCUCGACUUCUAUGCGGAUGCAUUUCUGGAUGAUGCAGCGAUUCAACGCACAAAGCGUACAGACUAUUUCCGGGAGGCUCUUUUUGACAUGUUUCCCAUAGAGAAGGAGACCAAACACCCGACAAAGAGCUCCUAUCCCAAGCUGUCGCUGCAACAAGAAUUAGGUGUUGUCAAGUCAGUCCAUAGUAUGAUGGCGACAAUACCAAAUACAGAAGAUGACAGCGGGCAGAUUUUGAGGGCUGGACAAGCAUAUCGGAUUUGGGAGACACAAGAAGAUCUCCCUGAAGUGGCAAGGGUAUUCUACGAGAAGAUUGGAAGACUAGCGGGAUUACCGAUGGAUAUGCUAUUGCUAGCAGUAAAAUUCACGGAGGCGAGGGUAGAGCAGUGGAGAAGGCAACAAGAGAAAAACAGUUGCGUUAGCAAUCCGACGUAA